AUGGCUGAGAAAGGGCCAGGGAUGGCCACUCUUACAUUCACCAGCAUCAUUGUCUGUGCUGUUUUACUGGGGCAAGGAUCCCCUGAGAAGACAGAAGGUGGUAAAAAGAACCAGAGAGAUGCCAUUCUGAAGGAGAUCCUUUCAAAAUGGAGUGCAGGAAGUGGCUGGAAUCCUCAAAAAGCUCCCCCAGAAACAAACAGUGAACAAUCGAUGCCCCCUUGGGUAAGGAAUAUUAUGGGGGGCCUAAAGACACUUGGCCUCCUCCCCAGCAAGAACCUGCCUUCGUUGAACAAGCCAUUUGACCGGCACCGUCUCUCGGGGUUCCUCUACAACAUCUCUCUGUACCUCCAGGAGAUGGGUGCUGAGCUGGAGGAGGCCCCCGCGGAGCCAGACGAGGAGCAGCUGUGGGAGAAAGUGCUGCAUUACUUCCUGCAGUCUGAAGGCAGCGCUGUACUGAACCAGUGGAACGACCAGGCACCACCUCGACCCAGCAUCAGAGUGCAGGACUGGUUUCUGUCCAUGCGGGGCAGCCCUCACUGGGACUGGCUCCUGGGGCUGCUGCAGAGUCUCAUCAGUCUGUCGGAGCGGCAGCCCCAAAAGCCCCUGUUGUCUUUCCUGUCGCAGAACUGGAGGACAGUGAGUGCUGUGUUUGAGGCUACACUUCAGGCUCUGCUCAGUGGUACCUAUGGCCAGGCCAGUGCAGGACUGCAGGGCUUCAUCUGUGCUCUGAAGGGUCACAGUGACUGUGCCUUCAAUGUCAGCUGGCUCCAGCAGCUGCUGCGCUUCCUAGAAACACGCAACUGGAAGCCUGUGGUGAGUCUCCACCCAGCAGGGGAAGGUGCUGAACACAGUAGGAGCUCAAGUGCAUUUGGACGAUUUAAGCCCUUCAGCCUGCCCCCUGAGGCCAUGAGGCAGGACGGGUUGUCUGGUCACGCAUCUGUGGAAGACGCAGAGGAGGAAUAUCCAGAAUCCAUACAAAGUUUCCUGCUUCAGGCGUUAUCACGUUCAGGUGGAGGAGAGAGAGGGGGCCCCAUGGCACAGAAUAAUCUGGCUCUGGUUCAGACUUUGGAUGGGCUGCGGAGCGGCCUCCUACACAGGGUGGGUAGUUCUGUCUACGGUAACCUGAGGAAGAAAGUGUCACGAGUUACCAUGGCACUGCUUGAUGAUGUCAGCAGCCUGGUGGACGUGCCGCAGCCCAACAUUCGGGGCCGGUGCUCAGUCGGUGACCUGAGACAACUGAUCUUAUGGGGGAUAAAACAUAAUGUGACGUGGAACACUCAGGCUUUGGGCGUUAACUCCCAGGGUCUUCCAAGCUCACUGCCUUUCCUGUCCUGUCCCUCCACGGAAGGAUAUGAACAAAGAUCACGACUAACACCGGCACACUCAUCUCCAAAAACAGGCCCAUCCUCACGAAAAAUCCCAGAUCAAAAACACCUUCACGACCUCCCUACCACACCUGAGCGCUCCCAGCCACAACAAGGCAGAAGAAGAGAAAGCAGCAUCCAGCAGAGAGAAAUGGAGUACUUCACCUCUAUAGAAAUCCUGGAGGCAGCGUGUAAUGAAUCCAUCCCGGGGUUAACAGGCGUGUCCAACUUCACUGUGUUCCUCUACUGUAAAUUGUUUGAAGGGGAAAACGGGUCAGUUGAUCCUGCUGAGGCCCACAUGGGUCUCGACCUGCAUGCUACGUGCUCUGAUGCAGCUUGGUACCUGUCUGCUGCUGAGGAGGACUUCCUCUGGGUUCAUGUGUGCAGCGAGUACUUUGCCCAUGAAUUUAACAACACAGUCUGUGCCAACUCUUCUUUCUGGCUGCAGAGAGCACAUCAGGCUGCUUCUACAAAGGACUACCAUUCUUUUGACCUGACGAGUAUAGAUGAACUGUGUGUGCAGCUGCCGAGUGAGGCAAUAGAAAGUCCGGUCCUGGAUGAUGACUGUCUGGCUCAGCUGGGCAGCAGGUUGCUCAGUGCGCAGGCCUUCAGACACUGUUUCCUGCCCAACAACUCCGUCAUUAUCUCAGCUCUGUGCGGGAGAGAGUCCCCUGACUCACAACAAUCCCUGCCAGAGGAAAGCUGGGCCGCAGCGUACUGCUCGAAGAUACUCAACAUCUCCCAUGAGGACAACUUUGAGGAGACUUGUCAGUACAGCGCAUGGGCUGUGCAUCAUUUCACCAACUCUACGCUCCUGGAGCUCUAUCUGCAGGCGGAAUUGGAGGGCAGGAAGUGCCUCCUGCAGAGGUUUUUUGAAAUGCUCCCGGCGCCCUAUGAGUUCGACACAUCGCAGCUGUGUGUGGACCCGGCUCCUCUGCUUGUGGAAGCUCUGCACAAGCUCAGUGUGUGUGAGGUCGAGGGGGGGGAGCAGGAAGGGUUUUUAGUGGUGCUGGGAUAUGUGUUGAGGGUCCUAGACUUCAUGGUAGGCCUCUCUUCGGGCCUUGAUGAGGGGGAGAGAGAGGCGAGACAAGGUUUGGGUCAGGCCAUCCUCCUCUCCAGUCUCCUUGACAACACACCCUGGGCCGCACUGCAGCCAGAAGCACAAAGGAGCAUCCUUCACACCGUGGGAGUUUUCCUCCGCAGGGAGCAGAACGCCACUCUCAAAGAGGACCUACUGAGCUGCUUCAGUCCCGUCCUAUGGGACCUCAUCCAGCGGGACGACAACUCGUCUGCCCUGAGGUUCCUGCUGCAGGAGUACCUCCAAAUGCCCAGAGACAGCAUCCGCACUCUUGUGAUGUCUGCAGAAAAAGAUGCUGUAAAGAGAUUCAUCUCCCACAUGCAUCAGAGCUGGGACCAGCUGCAAGUUGAGACCGACCAGGCGUCUCAAAAAGAGUUGCAGGCCAUGGAAACAAUGACCGCUGCUUUCAUCCAUAAAUUCCCCCGAGUGACCCCUGAAUUGUUCGUGGACAUGUCUCAGUUCAUCCCCUUCAUGUCUGUUUCCGAUAUUAUGAGCUUCCCAGCAUCCCUGAUAGUCAACGACAGCGUGUUGACAGCCAUUCGUGACCACAGCUCCGGGAUGAAGUCGCUGCAGAAAAAGGCCUUUGUGAAGAGACUCCUGCAGUCCAGUGUGGUUGGGGAUGUCCCAACAUGGCCACCGUACUUUCUCAGUUCAAUCCUCCCACUUUUGCCUUACCUCCCAGUCAGUCAUUUUCAGCAGCUGACAACCAAACAGCUUACUCCUCUGCUAGAGUUGCUAGGCAACAGCAGUCUGGAUGGUGUAAGGGGGCGCCAUGUGCUGCGGACGCUCUUCAGCAACAGGAAUAAUUUUACACGUGAUGACAUACCGAGGUUAGGAGUGCUUGUCUGUUACCUGGAUCCAGGGGAGCUGGGAUCCUUUCUCCAGGACUCGGCUGUGUCCUCGGCUCUCUGGCAGCAGUUGGCUCAGUGCAUGUCCAAAGGGUUGGUCAGCACCAGCGGCAGGCUGUCCUCUUGGUUGAUACCCGCUGCUGAAGCCCUGAACGUCAGCAGCAUGGCCCCUCGGGAGCUCUUGGCCCUCAGCGGUCUGUUUCCUCAGUUAGGAACUUCCUUCCUGCUGUCGCUCCCCUCACAGCAACUUCUGGAAAUCCUCUCACAACCAGGAUCACACAGUUACUCCCCAGCACAGGCUUUUCAAAUAUUACACAAAAUAUCACAGAACACCACUCUCACUGUAGACCAACUGUGCAGACUGAGGCCGUUAUUCUCGGGUCUCUCCCCCGCUGUGCUCAGAGACCUCCAGUGGCCUGAGAUCAGUGAAGCUCCCCACUGUCAGUGUUGGAGGACCAUGCUAAUUGAGCUUAAACCCGGACAUAGAGCCAUGCUAUACAAUGCAAUGCAGGAGGCUCUUCGCAGAGACUUGCAGAACAUCACUCCGCAGGUGAACUGCCUUCUACCAUGGCUUCCUCUGAGGAAGCUGACAGAAACUUUAAAUGGGGAAACAGUUCUGAGAGAUGUUGGCCUGUACAGAGACGUGCUCUGGUCACCACAGCAGGCACAACUUCUGUUCAAAAAGAUCCAUACAUUUAAAAACAUUACCCACAAUAUGGUGAGGGAUCUGGGUAAUAUUGCCAGUGGCAUGAGUUGUGACUUUUUGAGGCUUUGGAUCAACGAUACAGAUUUUGCAGAGCUGCUUCAGUUUGUGAGUGAGCUCCCUGGAGGCGUGAGACCGGCUCUGAGAAAAUGUAUUGUAGAAGAACUGAGGAAACAACCUGAGCUCGCCCUCAGUGCUUUGAGCUCUGAGUUUGCUGUAACUUUACCCGUGACAAUGAUAGAGGAUCUCUCUAAUGUAUCCUUCAGAGCCAUUCUGGACCACAUUCAGGCACACUUUGAGGAUUUCCUCAGACUGCCAUAUUACAAGCAGACACAUUUGGCAGAGAAGGCCGUAACUGAGCUGGGCUCUUUUCAGGCUCAGGGGGAGAUUGAUGGCUCCACUCUGGACGUCCUUGGGCCUUUACUGCCUUUCCUGGACCGGGACAGUUUGGCUCUGGUGGACAGAGCAGCUGUGGGUCUGCGGCUCGAGGAGAUGAGAAGUUUCUGCCUUCCUAAAGAGACUCUGAGAGAAAUGAGUGUCCUGCUCACAAAGAAAGACCUCCUCGGGGAGCCGUCUAAAUGGCAGGUUGGGGAUGUGGAACAUUUGGGCCGGCUGGUGUUUUCUCUCUCCACAAAGCAGCUUAACUCCAUCCCUCUGACAGUGUUGAAUACAGACACAGUGGAGCAGGUGCUGGAGGGCCAAAGUCUCUGGGAGGACAGUGUGGUGGGCGGAGUCUGUGUAUCUCAGUGUGUGGACCAGCAGCGGCAGAAACUGAAGACUCAGAGUCUCAUUCGAGGGAUUGUCAAAGCUCGGAGCAGGAGGGCCAAAGUGCCAGUCCCAAGCUGUGCAGACAUCAGAGGGACGUUUCCUUCAGCUUGGACCUCCACUCAGCUCAGCCGUAUGUCACAGCAGGAUCUGAAUCAGUGCGUAGAAGUUUUUGCUCAGGAUGCUUCUCUCAGCUCUGAGCAACGCCGAGCACUCUGGGUGAAACUCAGGCAGUCCUUCGGUCCGGUGAGAGAGCUAGGGGGGGAUCAGGUGCUAGCUCUGGGCCCGCUGGUGACUGAGAUGGGAGACAGAGAGCUGCACGACACCAACCUCACAGACCAGGGAGUGUUGGCACAUCUGGGGACACUGACACACUGGAGCCCAAAGAAGAUGAGAGCGUUGAUUUUAGGUGUGAUGCGGAAACGAAAACUGAAAGUGGAGCAGUUAACAGCUCUUGAUCUGGCAACGUUUGGCCAUCUGAUGUGUGGCCUGUAUCCCUCAGAGAUCAGAAGACUGAGCGCCUACAACCUCAGUCUGGCUGUCCUGUUCCUGCGGGAGACGUCCCUGCCGUGCACGGAGCAGCAGAUGGAGGCGUUGACAAGCCGUUUGUCCAGACCUGAGGCCUUUGGUCCACUCAGUGCUUGGGGACCAGAAGUUUUCACGGAAAUUGGGACAAUAGCAGUGGGCCUGGAGGACAUGGUGCUGUCAGCUCUGGUACAAGAACAGGUGGAGGGAAUCUCACCUGGAGCCAUCGCCCUGAUGUCCCCGAGAAAAAUGGCAGUGGUGUUCAGUGCUGUUCAGAUGUCGUGGCUGAGUGCCGAGCAGGCGUGGGCCGUCUCCGAGGAGCAGUGGGCAGAGCUGGACACCGAGCAGAGGCACGCUGUCGGCCUCGCAAGAUAUGAAGGAGACGUACUGCUGGAGCUGAGAGGGAGAAACUCGGCUCCAGCAGCAGACAGCUUCUCUAUCCGCUCACUGGCUCUGUGCCUCUUGUUAUGGCAACUCAUUUAACAAGAUGGAAUGAGAGUAAUUGUCCCUUGACCUCCCUUGGA